GAGGUAAAGACAUAACAAUAGCAAUUUGUGCUGCGCGUCAUUUUGUGGCUGUAGAUGUGUACUGCUGUUGGCGUGCGUGUGCGCGUGUAUUGUUUGCUGCUGAGUCAGGCGCGUCCACUCUCCAUCAACACGGUCUGUUGCUCUAUCCCAGUCUCCCUCGCUCUCUCCGUGCAUUACCUCCCCACUUUUCUUCCUCUGCCCAGUGGACUUUGUUUUAUACAGCGACGUCAAUUGUCAUUGGAUAAACGGUGGCAUGAGUGCCAGGAAUAUUGAGGUGCUGGUUUCUCCGCGUCGUUUAUUUAAAAAAUAUAUUUUUUAGCUAUUGACAACUUGUUUAUUUUUUUUAGCGCAGUGGUAGUCCACGGCGCCGGCUGGAUCCAACCAGUAGUGUUUACAUUCCUUUACAUUACCGUAAACUGUAAGAGGUUUUGCUUUAUGAAUGAACAACGAGAAGGAAAUACACGGGAUUGUGAAACUCUUCAACCACGGUCGCGGGGAGCGAGUCACCGAUAUGAGGGAUUAACGUCCCCAUACUCGGGACUCAUUGCGGAAAAGCCUCUCACUGCGGACCCAUGUGAAAACGCACGGUGGGAGAACGUGUUCAAGGCAUUGACCAGCAGAAACCCGCGGUGACCAUGUCCAUUCAUAUUGUUGCGCUGGGCAGUGAGUGCCCCGGGGGAGUGGGGCCAGGAGAAGAGGCCAUGGGUCAGGGCCAGCUCCAGGGGGGCCUGCUGUGGAGUUAUUUGGGCCACGGCGCCAUGGCCGGAGGGCCUGAGGAGAGCAGCCUGUCCAACCCGGCCUUCAUGGAGUACACGUCCCACGUUUUUGGAGACGUCACUGUGGUGGUGCAGGACUGCCCUAGCUGGGAUCUGUUGGACAGUGACUGGGCCAGUGUGCGGAGCGUUCUAGAACAGGCUGACAUCCUGGUCAUCAAGUACUCGAUCAACGACAAGAUGGCCUUCCAGCAGGUGCGCAACGGAUAUGCCCCUAGACUCCGCCCCCUGCUACGUCACUGGGGCGUGCCCGUCAUUUUGGUUGCUGUGGGCGCACGCCUAAACGAUGAGGGGCCCCCCUGCACGUGCCCCCUGUGUGCAUCAGACUGGAGCAGCUGUGUCCCCCAUAGUGAGGGCCUGCAGCUCUCUAGGGACCUGGGGGCCACUUACCUGGAGCUGCCCUCUCUGAACCAUGUCUUUGUGGGUCGCUACUUUGGCAGCGUGCUGGAGUACUUCAUGAUUCAGUGUUUGAAGCAGAAGGCCAAAGAGAGGCCGGAGAAGAGGCGGAGCAACAAGCUGAAUGAGCCCCACCCCCCUCAUCUGGAACAGCCAGCGCGUCUUCCCCCCAUCCGAGUGGAGGAGUCCAGCUUCUCUAAGGACCUACAGUGGCUGCUGGAGCGUGGCGGCCAGUUCGCCGACGUGGCCUUCUACUCUGGGGACUCUGGCAAGGAACUGGGCUGGGGGCACGCCGCUGUGCUCUGUGCUGUCAGUCCCUAUUUCAGACAGCUGCUGCUGGGCCCCAAGGCCAGGGAGAGGCCCAUAUCGCGCUGCGCCUGCCGGGGGGAUGGCCGGGGGGAUGGUGGCCCCCCAUCGCUGCUCUCCACCUGGGAUGGGGGCCUGGGCAUGGAGGACGGGUCGCGGCCCGACGGGCAUCUGGCUGGACGGCUAUCGCGCCUGGUGGUGAAGGACCCACUGCUGUGCCUGUGUCUAUGGGAGACACUCAUGUUCCUCUACCGAGGGGCGUGGGAGUGGGAGCACCUCCAGGAGGCUGUGGGGGAGAAGCUGAAGAACUCUCUGGCCGUGGCUCAACUCAUGGACCGCGUCCGCUCCUUCAUGGGCAGAGACAAGGGCUCCAGGGAUACGCCUAACGCUCGGCCCGCCCAACUUGGUCCUCAGUCUCUGGUCAACCUCUUCAACUCUCCUCUCUACUCUGAUGUCAUCUUCAUGGUGCAAGGCAAUGUGUUACCAGCUCACCGGGCGGUCCUGGUGGCUCGCUGCGAUGUCAUGGCGGCCAUGUUCAGCGGGAAGUACGCGGAGGCACGGAGUCGGGUGGUGCCCAUCCACGGAGUCUCCUCUGACACCUUCCUCUCCUUCCUGGAGUACCUCUACACCGACACCUGCUGUCCUGCCAGUGUGUUGCAGGCCAUGGCCGUGCUGGUCUGUGCAGAGAUGUACCAGGUGAAGCGCCUGCAGCACCUGUGUGAGGUGUGUGUGUGCGCCUACCUCCAGAGCAUGCCUAGCCGAGAGCUGGCAUCAACCGGCAUCAGUGUGAUCCGGCUUCUCCGUAGGGCUAAGUGCCACAACGCAGAGCAGCUGUACGUAUGGCUCCUCCACUUCAUAGCCAAUAACUACCUAAUCUUCAGUCACAAGCCCGACUUCCUGGAGCUCUCAGAGGAGGAGCGGGAACAGGUGGAGAGACUGCGCUGGCCUUCCCGAGGUUACCUUCAAGAACUGAGCGAGUACCAGCAGCGCCGACGCAAACUCAAGAAGUCCCGCUGCCUCGUCAUGUGACACCCACCCGCCGCCACACCCUGGAGAUGUAGUGAGAGGCGGAGAGGAGAAGAGGAAGGUGUGGGGCGAGAGAAAGGAGGGGGAGAGGAGUUGAGAGAAGGCAUUAAAAACAGAACAGAACAUAAUUGAGUCAUCUGCCUCAAAUGGACAGUGAAAAAGAGGGACAGAAAGCUAACCAGCUCGGGAGGAAACCCAGAGGGUUAAGCACAGAGCUGAAAGGUCGAAGUGGCCUGGUCGAAAGGCGACGUCUACGGGAGGUGACAAAAGACUGACGCACCCGAGGACCAACACGUGACUGUGUCCCCAGGACAAAAUGACUGAUUUACUUAACCAGGGAGAAUUUCAAAUGACUGCUGAAUACCACUGGAAACCAGGGCGUAAAAGUCAAUAAUGGCCAUGUUCGUCCUUUUUGCAGUCGCGCUGGCUGCAUAGCUCAUACGUUUUCUAUAUCAUACUCAUGUGGUUUCUGAUAUGUAAAUCCUUCUCCAGGCAUUGUGCACAUGCAAAAAAGAUGACCUGGAAAGCCACCAUUAUCUGUUCAUGGAGGACUGUAUCUGUAGCCCAAUGAAUAACGGUAUAGAAAUGGCCCUUUCCAUGGAAAAUAACUAUCCAUGGAGAAUGGACAGUGAUCCUCUUUGCCAUCUCCACACAGGAGAGAGAACAUUUUGGUUUUUAGCAGAGAAUUUAUAAAAUGUGCCCGGAAACAUUCAAAGGAACAUGCUGAAAUGUAUCCAAAACAUUUGGGAGUCUGUCUAAUGAACGUGACCCGGGAUUGUGCGUCUAUAGAGGAUGUCUGUAUCUAAUCUAUACUUGACACAGAAUCCUACAGUCCCAAAUCAACCCAAGGCGCUACACCCUUCUCACCCAAGGCGCUACACCCUUCUCAUUGAAGCCAUGAAAGUUCACGGUCGACCAUGGUACUGCAGGCAUUUGUAGCAGGAAACAGGAUCCCCCAUUAGAGUAAAUGGAAAAAUGGCAAUCUUUGUGUUGAUAAAAAGAAAAUUGUUUUAAAUGCUUCUAAUAUACCAGAUGUCCUUGAACCGAUUAUUUUCAAAAUCGCACACAGAAGUUAAGGACAAUUGAGUUGCUAAUAUUGGCGGCCUGCGGUACCCUGGUCAGCCUUCAACUUGAGGUACUCAAUGAGAGGGGGCAGCACUUAGCUAGCCUGCAACAUCACUUCCUGGAGUAGCUGAAACAGCGCAUAUGUCACCAUGAGUCACCAACUUAAUUUGGAUUCAAUGUGCUAUUGAGUAUUCACAUAGGAAUGAAUGGUGUCACAGGAUCGAUGGCUUUGUCCAUUCAAUAUAUACAGUUAUUGGCUACACCCUACAUACAACUUAAUGUCCCCUUCUUUUAUGUCUGUUGUAAUGGGUCAUCAAGAAGUGCCUAGGGCUAUAGGAGUUGAUCUGGGACUAGGCCAACAUAACUGUGAGUACAUAAUGGCCCUACAUGGCUGUCUUAUUGGGUUAUUCUGCAAUGGAGACAUAAAUCACCACAUACACACCUUCUGUGGUGAACAAAUGAUUUAAUCUGUUCAUUGAAACCAUAACCAAACACCUCUGGUUUGACCUCAUUUUUGCCACGAGAUUAUAAUUUGACAGUGCUGCGACUAUUUUUGUAAUGUGUACUGUCUGUACCAGGGGGUGUUCUAUGUGGGUUUUUUUUAACAUCUGGAGUAGAGCUAACUGCGUAAUGCACCCAGCAUGUGGAGACUAGAGGGUGCGGGGUGUUUAGUUUCGUGGCCCUCUAGCCACAGGGGAUGGCCGUGUACAGUAAUAGUUGUGACCUCUGAGUCACUGGGAAUAAAGACAUGUUUUAGAAGAACACGUUGGCACGUCACCUACUGAAUCGUUGACAUGCAUCUGCUCGGUACGAGAGGUCUUCUGUCACGUGUGUGUGUGUGUGUGUGUGUUACUGCUUAGUGUGCAUUAAUAAUGCACAUACAUAUUCACAUACAGCAUGUCAUGUGUUGAAGGUUAGUCUGAAGCUUGGUUGCUUUUGGCUUGAAUUUAAACUACAUACAUUUAUACACACACAAUAUGAUUUGAAGCAAUUUCAACCUCAAACCACAAAAC